GUGACCCGGAUGUACUGCAGGGGACUCCCGCCCCCUCAAGCAUGGCGGACCUCAACCGGCAGCUGCAGGAAUACUUGGCCCAGUCGAAAAGCUCCGGCUCGGCGGACACAGUCCCCCUGCUGCCUGCGGAGGGAAAGGAGACGGCGGAAGCCAGGAGAACGUCCUCGGUGGGAGUCUGGCUGGGCCGAGUGAAUCCAUUCCCAGGCCGCGGCGGUCUAGGCUGGGCCUGGCCGCGGGACCCGGCGCUGUCGCCUGAGGAGCCGGAGCCCGGCCCAGGCCCCCCGUGCCUGCCGAGCCUGUCGCGCUGGCAGCGCCUGACGGCGAGCGGCGCGUGCCUGGUGCUGGCGGCGCUGUGCUUCGGGCUGGCCGCGCUCUACGCUCCGAUGCUGCUGCUCCGCGCUCGCAAGUUUGCCCUGCUCUGGUCGCUGGGCUCCGUGUUCGCGCUGGCGGCCGCUGCCCUGCUGCGCGGGGGCCCCGCCUGCCUCCGGCUGCUGCGCUGCGAGGAGCGGCCGUCGCGGGGCGCGCUGCUCUACCUGGCGGCGCUGGGCUUCACGCUGUACGCGGCGCUGGCGCUGCGCAACACGGUGCUCACGGCGCUCGGCGCUGCCUCGCAGGUGGCCGCACUGCUGGCCGCGCUGCUGGGCUUGCUGCCCUGGGGUAGCGGCCCAGCCCUGCGGUACGCGCUCGGGGGCCUCUGCGGCGGCCUGGCUCGGACCCUGCCCGUGUGAGCCGCCCGGCCUGCUGAGCGCCCUCGGGACGGACUUCGAAGGACCGCGGAGCACGACCCCCAGCGUCAAGGGGCCCGGAAGCCAAAGGACCAAAUUGUCCAAGUUUAGUGGCGCUGGAUGCCUGAGAGGUGGGAGCUAGUAACUACGUUCAUCCAUCGAAGUCGGCACCUUGUGAUGUGAAUAAAUGGUCUGUGAAUGAAUUAACCGCCAAGAUUUUUCCAGUGAAUUUUGACUUGACCUGCAGAAUAGCUUUUGGGCCUGUUAUCUUUUCAUCGUAUUAAAAUAUGUUCAGUGAAAAAGGACAAGACUUCCGUUUGGGUUUUAUCAAAACUAGCCAGUUUUUAUUUAAUUUAGAUAUUUUGGGUGGAAGUAUCAUUCUACUUUAAUCUCAUCUUUUUUCCCCACUUAAAAUUGCAGAAGCACACAGUACUUUAACCACAGUAGCCUUUUUUCUGUUUUAAACGAUUCUUCACCUUGCUGUCUCCUUUACAAUGUGAGUGAGUUAGGCCUAAGUGCAAUUUUAAUAUUAAAAGCUGAAUUAAUUUUAGUUGUAGUCAUGUGACUUCUAUUUUCUCUUCAAUUUGUCUUCAGAAGUUGCCAUUCUAGUGCCUUUAUAGGAUUAAAGGAAAAUGGUAUGUGCUUCAAGAAGCUAAAGUAAUCCAGAAUGUACCUCAAACAGGCUUAAUUCCUAGACCUUGCCUCAAAAUGAGCUGUCAUCUUGGCAAGUUUAAAGACAUCAGCCAGUAAUAUAGCUAACCUGGUGCUGGAAAGCCUCAUGAAAGAAUUUAGAGAAUCAGCAGGUUACUCCAAAAGUUAUGCUGUGUCAAAAGGGAGAAAAUUAAUCAAACCAUAUAUAUAUAUGUAUGUAUAUAUAUGUAUGUAUAUAUGUGUAUAUAUACACACAUAUAUAUAUACAUAUAUAUAUAUAUACUGUUAGAACGAAUGUUGAGUUUUUAAUAUUGUUAGUUUUUAAUCUGUAGUAUACAACUUUGUAAACCGACAGAAAUUUGUAAGGUAUUGUUGGUGUUUCUGUUAGUAGACAAAUGUCUUUUUCUUGGUGGUUGUUUAUUCCUAGGCUUCAACAAUCUUACCAAAUACCAUCUUUUUAUUUACAAGCUUAUAUUGCACUUUAAAUUUGAUUGUCUAUUGAUUAGUAGAAAAACUUGUCAAAACAGGUCAGAAAAUAUGUAUUAUACUGUUACACAUUUAAAACUUGUAAAUCUCAAGUAAGAUUUUAUCAGUUUGAAUAAUUGGCUUCACAAUUGUGAUUUUAGGCCAGACAAUAAUAUACAGUACUCCUAAUACAAAGCAAUACGCCAAGUGGCACUAAAAACAGAUUGCAGCCUGAAUUCAGGAGCAGAAAUGCUGGGUAGUAUUUAUUUACAUGUCUUGUUGGAAUUGGGUAUGUGCUCUGUCAAAGUUCUGAUUCCCAGAAGUGUGGAGGAACCUUAACAUCUGUCUGCCAACCAUCGGACAGGAAAUGGCAAUUGCCUAGUGGGUAUGUCUGAUAGCCUCUCAUUUAUGGUAAACUCAGGUUAUGUCUCUGGCAGAAAUAUUCUCAUUGAAAUUCUUUGGAUAUUCCAUGUGGACUUGGCCAAGUUAUAACUUUCUGCCUCACUUUCCCUGUCUGUAAAAUAGGGAUAACUAUCUACCUCUCAAAUAAAGAUAAUAUCAGAAUACUGUA